AUGGAGUUUGGAAAAUGCUUUGACAGUGCUGGACAUGAAUUACAAAACUGGCCAGAGCUCAAAGGCAUGAUUCAUUUGUACAGCAUGGAGGAAGAAGAAAGUGAGCCUGCGCAAUUACGUAUUAGCGAUGGUUUCGCCGGCUGGUCAAACCCCAGCGAACCCACAACUGAUUCAGCAGUUCCUGAGCUCAGUCCUCUCGCAGCGUGGCCCCUCUUCCCUCCCUUAGAGCAACUCCACCCAUUUGCCCUUAGCCAUGGCAAGGGGGGAGUUAGGGCAGCCACUAUUCACGUGAAUAGUAGUUGCCCUUACAAAUAG